AAUGAAAAGUAAUUAAGAAAGAGAAAAAAAACUAGUACAAACUAUGUAAACAGUUUUCUUCGUCCCACAAAGCACUGUUACCAUGAGCCAAAAGGAGAUAAAAGUAAAUAAAAGAAGCCCUUUAGGGUUAGGUCCAUGCUAGUACGUAUAACCUCUUUUUACAAAGAUAGAGAGAGAAAGAGAGAAAAAAAAAAGAAGACAAUAUAUAUUGUGUUGGAAGGAGAAAUAUAUAUUAAUUAUAUAAUAUAUAUAUACUUUUCUAACAGUACUAGUUUGGCAGUUUCUUCCAUUUCUGAACAGUAUUAUAGUAAUUGCUAAUUAGGUAUACAAAUAAUUAAUAAGAACCUGGAAUAUACAUCAUAUAUAUGUAUAGAUAUAUACACAUAUAUAUAUACGUUUCAGCUAUUUGUAAUAGAUAAAAGAAGAGAAAAAACCAAAUAGAGAGCAUAAGAUAAAGGAGAGCCAAAUUAGGAUUAGAGGUGGGAAAAGAUGGGAAGAGGGAAAGUGGUAUUGGAAAGAAUCGAAAACAAGAUCAACAGGCAAGUGAGCUUCUCAAAGCGUAGGAAUGGUUUGCUGAAGAAAGCUUAUGAGCUUCAUGUAUUGUGUGAUGCUGAAGUUGGUCUCAUCAUUUUCUCAAGUCGUGGAAAGCUCUACGAGUUUGGCAGUUCAGACCUGAAUACAAUUGUGGAGCGGUACAGGCAGAGUACAUACGCCUUACAAAACAACAAUGUUGAAGGCGAGGAACCACAGAACCUAAUACUGGAGAUUCCAAAACUGAAGGCCAAAUAUGAGUCUCUUCAGCGUACAGAAAGGCAUUUUCAUGGAGAGAAUCUUGAAGAGCUUGGUCUUAAGGAAUUACAAAAUCUUGAGAAACGGCUUGAUAGGACUCUCUCACAGGCUAGGCAACAUAAGUGGCAAAUGUUGUUAGACCGCCUAGAAGAAAUCCGCCAAAAUGACCACAGUCUUAGAGAGACGAAUGAACAGCUGAAGUCCAAGCUUGAAGAAGGAAGAAAUAAGGGCCGGUCUAAUAAAAAUCAAGGGAACGAUAUCGACCCACACGCAGAAAACGAUUAUGACACCACCUAUAAUCCGGACUCCAUACAACCCAAUAAUCACAUGAUAUCACAACCUGAUUUACACGACAAAGGGCCGUAUCAUAGAUACGUUCCCCAACUAACAAAUGAACGUGAUCAAGGAAUGUUUAUAUAUAGGGGUUGGGAAUGACCUCAUGCGCAUCAACAAGCCUAAUCGUUUACCUGAAUUAGGUUUUUAUAUAGCUAAUUAUAUAAAUAUUUAUAUAUAUAUGCAUAUUUUUGGAUUUUGGAUAUCCAUAUGUAUGUAAAUAAAUGCAAGUGCAGGAUAUUAGCUAAAUUUGUAUUAUGAUGUAGUGUGAUGAUCGUUUGCUUACUAUUAAUAAAAUUAUUCGAACUACUGGGAUUGAAAGAUAA